CCCUUCGAGGAGCCAGGCUGACCCUUUGACGAACCAGGGCUAUGCGCAACCUAAAAACUACUCUUCGAAGACGAAGAAGCGGCGGAGGGUCGCAUUGGGUCGCCGUCAUCUGUUACGCCCAGUAGCAUGCAGCAACGUGAUGUCCGGGAAGCGCUUGCCGGGAGCCACUACCACUGUGAGGAUUCGCAUGGAGGACGACACGGAGGCGCGAUCUCGGUGGGGAUGAUUAUAUGCGGAAAAUCCCCGAUGUACAACGCUGCAACCGGGUGUUAGACCUGGUUCAAGGAUGGGCGACCCUUCGCACCCUCACGCAAAGGGGCGAACAGAUGACGGGUAUGGUGUACGGCCAUCACAUCAGGGAGGAGACGUUUGCGGAAUGGUUCAGCAGCGCCAGAGCACACCGCCUUCGAGACAGUUAUAUUCGCGACGAACCUCGACCUCACCAUAUGCAUGCGGAGAUCAACUGGAAAGUUGAUGACAACGUGGGCUCUCGCACCAUAUCCCCGCGUCCGAGGAGGUCCCGACGAAGGUCCCCUAGUCUCGCCUCUCCUUUUCCGACGCUUCACUGUCCUCCUUCACUGGACCGAAUCGGUUUAUACUCGACAUCAUCCACGAGAAGGCACGACGCCAAACGACGAAGUCCACUCAUCCUACACCCAAAGAGAUCCGUGCUGACGCUCCAUCCGUCUCAUCUCCCCGACGGCAAUGGCAGGUCGCGACUUCGGCGGACAGGAUGGUCGCUCAGUCGGCGUGCAACUUGCUGUUACCCACGGGGAUAUGGUGCGAGAGUCUGGGACGAGACUUAUCAUGCUCUACGCGUGUCGUCAGAUGUGAUUGCUGUCGCCAAGAGAUUGUUGCUUACAAUAGUUAAAAUAGUGUCAAAAAGUAUCGGAACGAUGACUUGCGGUCUACCGUUGUUGAAGUUUCCGCGUAUAAUGAGGGGUCUAGCACCGAGCCACGAUGUUGCACGACUGAGGCCAGUGGAUCUAUCACGAGCACCAAUCGAAGAGAUUGUUGCUUACAAUAGAUUUCAUUGCUCUGUCGUACAACAUCUCAUCAACAUGCCUUCAGUGUCGCGACGUUAUCCGAGUUUGCGACUUGCGGGCGUAGAAGCCAAGUAGAAGCACAUCGCGCAUUAGCUCAGCCCACAGGUGGGCUGGUGCGAAGACAAUCGAUAUUCUGCCCUUUGAAUGUCGUAUGUCAGUAGCGAUUGGGUUCGUGAAAGUCGAAUCAUACGGGUAAGUGUGCAAGUACCUCUUGAUGCAUGAGAUCGACCCAGUAAUCCAAGCCAGAGUAUCCCAGACCUCGCCCCCAGUUUAAGGACUUCAGCAGACAGUGAAGCGGUAGCAUAUAUGAGCCCCGUUACAGCCUAUUGUGGCCUUCAUCGCACCGCGACAUAGACUGAAGAAUUCGCCCAGUGAAUUAUCAACGAGCAGAGGAGGAGGAGAUGGACAAGAUCAAGGCGAGAUCGACCUUC